AUGGGGCGCAGUCCGCCCUCCGGUGCAGCUGUCCUGAUCCAUAAGGCGCGACGGUUGCUACUAAGCGAUUGCUUGAUGGCUGCUUCCUGGUGUGCAGCCCUGACAACCGCGAGCUUCGACAUUGUGUUCUACAAGCAGGGCGCUCUCAGCCCCAAGACUGACUACACCUUGAUCAACUUCGACGCAUCGGUGGAAACAUAUGAAUAUGUGGCAAAGAUGGUCUGGGCCAGUGUCAUACCGUUCUAUGCGACGCUGUGGCUCUCGAUUUACUUCCAGCUUUUCCCCAUAUUUAUGGUGAAGCUGCGGAUUGCGUUAUGGGUCACACUCGGAUUUUGCAUCAGCUCAUGGAUCGUUUCCAUGUGCUUACAGAUCUUCUUAUGUUGGCCGGUUGAAGGAAACUGGCGUGUUUCUAGACCAGAACUUCUUUGUCCUGGUACAGUGCCUCAAACUAUUUUUCAAACUGGCUGGGCUCUACACUUCAUUGGGAGCGUUGUUGUAUUUGUCCUUCCGUUCUUCGUCAUUCACAACAUCCAAAUGCGACGAUCGAUGAUGGUUGGUGUAUACGGCGCGCUCUCCCUGGGCGCUAUCGACAUUGCUUUCUCCCUGACGAGAUUCCUUGAGGUUCAGACUGGAAAUGUCGGAGACUUCCGGGCCAUCACCACUAUCGAACUAUGGUCAUGUCUAGACAUUAUGGUCGGUCUUAUCGUAACCUGCCUCCCAUCGCUCCGUCCCUACCUCCGCAAGGGCUUCAAGAACUCAUCAGCCGGCACCGACGGCCCAAGCAACGCCUACGGGAACAGCCAGAGCAUUGUUGUUAACCGGAAGGUAAUAACGUCCUCUACGUCCGGCCGCUGGAACGACCACAAUCAAUUUGAAGAGAUUGUUGGGGGCGAGGGAAGUUCGGACACGCACAGUGAAGAAGGCCAGCACGGCCGGAUCAUUACGAAUAGGAAACGAUGUGCACGUUGGUGGAGGAAGAAACGCCUCCGCGAGAGAUAG